CUACAACAAAUUAGCUCACAUCGUUCAUCAGAAAAUCUACAUAACUCAAUAAAUGAACAAUAUUUGUUGGCUCCAAAAAGAAAUACAUUAAUGCAAGGUAAAGAAAACGGUGAUACAGAAACCAGCCAUCUAAUUCAACAUAUGAUUCCUUCAGUAUGUGCUAAAUCAGAAAAUAUGAAACGGUCAACUCAUAUGUGUUGCAACAACGAUCUUCCAACUUUAUAUGCCGGGUUAUCAAAAUCAUCGUUCAAUAAUGAAUCAUUGGUAGAACGACCAACACCAGUCUAUAAGGAAGGAGCGAAUAAUAGUAAUGGGACAGUUGAAGAUGAUCAACCGUUAGAUCUGAGCUCACGUCGCGCUCUUCAAGCAGCAACACAAUGCGCUGUAUCAUCCCCUCAUAAUUAUCGUGAUGGAAGACGAUGGCGAGCAUUAAUCAAUGCCAUCUCUGAUAAAUCACCCAAUUCUCUUCCUAAAGAUGAGGAAAAUAAUUCUGUAAUUGGCCAUACGAAAAAUAUCAUUGGAACAAGAACUAUCCAUCCGUCGAUGAGCAAAAGAAAUUAUACCCAGGCGGAUUUGGAUGCUGCUGUACGGGAUAUCCGAUGCGGCCGCCUUGGAACACGACGAGCUAGCGUAGUUUACGGAAUACCGAGAUCAACUUUACGCAAUAAGAUCUACAAGCUCGAUGCAGUUGAUGAUCAGCGGACGAAUGGUACUGGCGGAAAAAAGAAGCGCUUAGAUAGUUUUGGUACCGCGAUAACACCGAACAGAGUUCAGUCUCCACCAGCUGUUACGAUACCUUUGCCGAACAAUGCUAAUGGUCAUUCUACUGAGAUUAUUUUACCUCCUACACAGGCGCUUGUGACAGUUGAUGGUGUGUCGGUGCCGGAAAUAAUUCAGGAGAUUGAUCCAAAUAAUAAGGCUCAUUUUGCGAAUCAGGAACCGAUCAAUGCUAUAGGAAACGAUGAGUCAAUUGUGGAGAACAAGAAAUCGCUUUGGUCACCUUUUGCGCAUCGUCAGAUAUCCGAACCAAAAAAUAUCCAUGCAAAAGAAAAGAAAACCGGUAGAAGUCCGACAAAUAAUACUGAAAGUCAACCUGACUGGAAAAAGUCGCGUCCAAAACGAGGCCAGUACAGAAAGUACAAGAAGGAUGCACUGGACGAAGCGGUCCGAUCAGUGCGUCGCGGUGAAAUGUCGGUGCAUCGUGCCGGUAGCUUCUACGGGGUACCUCACUCAACUUUAGAAUAUAAAGUGAAGGAAAGAAAUUUGACUCGUACAAAAUGUAAGAAGGCAACAGCAGAAAAUAUUUUUGAGGCAACAAAUUCCGGCCAUCAUAUCAAUCCCAGUAAUACAGAAGGUUCACUAUCGAAGAAUUCGCCCCAGCAGCUACCGUUAGCGAAUCCAACGAUGAAUGAAGUUGGUACGGCACCAGGUAUGAGGACACUUGGUGUAUUGACCACUGCGACAUCCGCAGUUCCUUCGUAAACUUUCCGUUCUGUUUUUAUUGUUUUUCUUUUUUUAAAUCGUUCAAUUCCAUCAUUAAGUAUUGAUCUUAUUGUUUGAGUUUUCUUGAGGCAAACUAUUGUGAUAUCUUUGAUGUGAUAGUAAUGUGUGUAUGUUCGACACAUUUAAUUUGUUUAAUGAUUUAUCAUUUUCAUGUCUCAUUUCUUGUUCAAUGACAAACAAAAGCGAUAAUGAAGGUAUUAUGCGAUAUUUCUUUCUAUUUUUUUUUUUUCCCCUUUUAUAUUGUGAUAUUUCCAAAAUAGAAGACUCAAG